AUGAAUUCAUGCGACUGGGUGAUAAAAGCAAAAAUUAUGAAGAAAUCUGAAAGGAAAAUGUGGUUUAAUGAUAGAGGAUAAGGAUUGCUAAUAAACCUUGAUUUGAUGGAUGCUUUCGGUUCAACAAUUUAAGCUACAUUCUUUAAAGACGCAGUAGAAAAAUACGAUGAAUUGCUUAUAGAGGGAAAUGUAUAUGUUUUUACUGGAGGUAAUGUCAAAUAGGCUCAUAAAAAAUUCAAUAAUAUGAGUAUUAAUUUCUCUUUAGCAUUUGAUAAGUAAGCAUUAGUUAAGGAGAUAGAAAAUGAGCAAUAAUCUUUUUAAAAUUUAGGAUGUCUUGAUAAUCUUAAAAUGCUUAAUGAAAUCUAAAAACUCAACUUUGGACAGAAAUGUGAUUUUAUUGGAAUAAUUGAAUAAGUUGGGCACACUAAUUAAAUCCCUCUAAAAACUGGCGAAAAAAAAUCUAGAGCCAAUCUUAUGGUAGCUGAUGAAUCAAACUGCUGCGCUUUACUUUGUAUUUGGGGUCGAGAUGAUAUUGAAAUAUAAGAACCGGACCCUAAUAAUCCUACUGUAAUUUACGUAAGAAAUGCUAAAAUUGCAAGUUUUGGAAAUUUCUCUUUAAAUUCCAAUGAUGAAUCAGUAAUCAUUAUUAAUCCCAUAUCUCUAGAUGUAAAGGUCGACUAAUUAAAAGUUUGGUAUAGAAAUCAAGGAAAAAGAAUCAAACUGAAGCAUUUAACAAUCAUGAAUGAGUACUUUAUGAAUAACUUUGGUUUUACUAGAAAUUUAAGAUUACCAUUUAGUACUCCAAACAGUAUUGGAGCUCAACAAGACUAUGUCUAGAAUAAUUGA